GAGGUGCAACUAGAGGACGACCAGCUCCGUCGGCUCCACUGUUGAGCAUUCAGCUCCUACAUCUGGCUGGAAGUUCUGAAGACAGGACGGAACAAGAUUCAGCCGUCGUAAUCAACUUUACUAUUUUUUAUUCGACGAAUUAGUAAACCGAAAUAUCAGCUAUGAAGUUACUGUGGGCUGUUAGUGCCCUGCUGCUGAGCUGUUGGCGAGCUAAUGCGUCCACAGGCCCAAACAUCAUCACCGAACCUCCUGAGGUCACCAACCAGACCUCCGCGAUCCUCAGCUGCAACUUGACAGAGUCCAGCCUUCCCAGCAAGGGCUCCCACUGGGUGCACAAUGGCAAAGUCCUGGAAGAAUCUAAGUCCAAUGAAGCCCAUUCAUACACAGUCCUCCGUUUGGACAAGAUCACCCACAGCUCUGGUGGAAAGUAUGAAUGUGUGUUUCUGACUGAUCCAGAGGUGAAGCAGACAAUUGAAGUCAAAACACUUCCCCACGUUGCUGCCUACAAGCACUCUGAGCACGGCAAUGAGAAAGACAAAGGUGUGAUGGUCUGUGUGAGCCAUGGCUAUCCACUGCCCACUAACUGGAACUGGCACAAAGAGGAAGAUGGUGUCCAAGUACCUAUCUUCAACGGCACCAGUGACAAAUAUGAGAUCAAGAGCACCCCUAACAAGACCACUCUGACCGUUAAUGACCUGAGCAUCGAAAACGACAUUGGAGACUACGUCUGUGCCGGAACCAAUGAACUUGGCACAACUACUGACAAGAUCCACCUGCGUGUCCGCAGUCGCUUGGCCGCUCUCUGGCCCUUCCUUGGCAUCGUGGCCGAGGUCAUCAUCCUGGUGACCAUCAUCUUCAUCUAUGAGAAGAGGAGAAAGCCUGAUGAGAUCAACGACGAUGACGACUCAGGCUCUGCUCCUCUGAAGAGCAAUUCUACUGCAAACCACAAAGACAAGAAUGUGAGGCAAAGGAAUUCUAAUUAGAAGCUGAACGAGAUGGACAUCCAGAUGGCAGUCCAGGACUCAGCUGUUGUGUGGCACAUCAUACUGUGCACCCUGCAAUUUUCAGUACCUUUUUUGUGCUUGGGUGUUAAUGUUCUAAGAAACUGACUGAUUUCCUCUUGUUUUAUUUUUUUCUUCUAUAUUCUUCUCCACAUUGUGCAGCCACAGAACAUAGUGUGAAGUAAUUUCUGCUUGAGGCCGCGGGGCAAAUAUUGCAUGAGUUAAAAUGCCGUUUUAGCAAAGUAUGUGUUCGUUGUAAAAUCAUUAGACCGUUCAUGUGAGGAAUGCCUCGUUUGUGGUUAUUUUUCUGUUGAUGCUGAUUCUGCACUGACCUCACAGCUGUCGGUUUUUGCUUUUACACAGGGUUCCCAUAAUCAUGAAGCUACUUGAAAAAGUUUUGGAAUUGGAAAAAACUGAUAACCAGGUUUGGAAGUGGUUUGGAAUUAACAGAGUUUUGGAAAUACAUCGUUUUGGCUGUAGUUUAAAAUACAUUACUAAAAAUCCCAGAGCAUGUCUUGCGUUAAGCAAAAUACAUUCCUUGAAGCUUUUGCUGCGCUGCAUGACUGUUGAAAUGUCACUAGUAUCACAGACCAGAUGUGCAUGGCGUCAUUGCCAAGGCCACGCCCCCUUUUGGGGGGGUGGAGAAAUAAGCUAUGACAUUGGGAGAGAAACAGAAGCUUAUGUGUAGCUGGUUAACUGCAGCUUGCAAAGUACCUGUAUGUGCCAGUCUGGUCUGUUGGCAUAUGCAUCUAGUUGGUGGCAGGAAUGUCUAACAAGUGAGUAAAGUUAUCAAACGCCAGGAGCUUGCUUAUGCGCACAUGCCUUAAGUAUGUGUCUCAUAAUGAUGGCUGUAUCUCUGUAUAGGCUUACCUGUUUUAACAACUUUAAGUUGUGGAAAUGGGUUAGAAUAUUAUGGAAAAGUCACAGGAAAGGUUUUGAAACUUCAUCAGUAGAAAUGUGUGGGAACCCUGUUUUAUAUUCUAUCUGGAAUGGUUCCUUGCAAAACAGCACAAGUUCAGUUGAGAGGAUCUGAAACAUUUUAGAUCCUAAUUUAUCACUGCCAUUCUUAUAGCAACCACUGGCGUGCGUUUGAAUUCAUGUUUGACCUGUCCCUACUCCACCGCACACCUCCUUUUGCAGAGUUUUAUACUUUGCCUUAACAAGCACCAUUUUCUCUUUUGUGUGUAAAUGUGAUACUUAAAAUUAAAUGCUGAAAUAAUUAAUGAAGGUUUGGUUGCCAUAAGAAAUUACAGUUCUUUUAGUAGGAAAGCAUUUGUCCUUUUAAAUCCAGCUUUUAUUUCCUUUUCCCAUUAACAUUUUAAAUCGAAGUUUUAGUCACUGAUGUUUUUGUUGCCGAUGUCACAUCCAGAGUAAAAAUAUAUUAAGGACCAAGUGCAAGUAACAUCUGUUGCUUCUGUCGAACGCAACUUGAAUACUACACACUGAAGUUUAUAUUUAGUACCGGAGAUUAUCGUUUCAGAUGUUUUUCUUUCUCACUCAAUGUGAUCUGAGAUAGAAAACAUCCUGUGUGCGAUUGUUGGGCCGUCGUCUCUGUUCCCUCCACUGUGUAGAUGAUUCAGAAGCCAUAUGUUCCAUUUAACCUGAGUAGUGUUGUGAUUGGAUGUUACCAUUUCAGAGUUACACAAAUUAAGAAGACCUAGUCAGAAUUGUGUAAAGUGUUGUACCUUCCGAAUACCUGGAACAACCAUCUGUUGUACAACUUGCACAAACUGAAUAAAGGUAUUUGAUUUUA